UUACAAAAUACAUUUCAGAAGCUCUCAUUAUAUCUAUCUCCACUUUUUACUUUCAAUUGGAUGUAAUCCCAAGUCUUAUAAAUACACAUCAAAGCCCUUCGAGAUCUUAUACCAUCACUUCCAUUUCACCGGAUUAGUAAAUCUCUGUGCUCUCAUUUAGUUCCUUAAUUGAUUCUCAGGGCAAUGGCUGAGUGUAGUUUCAAAAGUUCUCUCUCACUUAUAACUCUCUUCGUCUUUGUAGUCUUUUACAUCAGCAAUAUUGUUGCAGUUGAUGGAAAGUCGCAAACUUUUGGUAGAGUUCUGAAUCCAAUCAGAUUAGGACUUAAACAGGAGAAACUCAGUCAUUUUCGUGUUUAUUGGCACGAUAUUGUUGGUGGCGCAAAUCCUACAGCAAUUCAAGUUGCAAGGGCACCUUCAACAAAGAAUUCAAAAACUGGGUUUGGAGCUGUGGUAAUGAUUGAUGAUCCCUUGACAGAAGGACCAGAAUUGAGUUCGAAACUAAUGGGACGAGCUCAGGGAUUAUAUGCAAUGGCUGGAGUUAAUGAAGUGGCUGCGCUUAUGAAUAUGAACUUUGCUUUCAUGGUUGGGAAGUACAAUGGAAGUACCAUAAGUAUUAUGGGAAGAAACAAAGUACUGACUGAAGUUAGAGAAAUGUCCAUUGUUGGUGGUAGUGGACUAUUCCGGUUUGCUCGUGGUUAUGUUCAAGCUCACACUAAGAAAUUGGAUUUUAAAACUGGCGAUGCUACUGUUGAAUACAACAUUUAUGUCUAUCAUUACUGAUGCAUUUUAUUGUCGUAUUCCCACUUUACAGUUUUUGUACGAGUAUUUUCAUUUGAAUGAUUAUUCAGCGAGCUUCUUUUUUAUUUAAA